AUGGUUUUAGAAAUAUUAGUAAUAAUUUUCGUAAUAAAUUAUUUACUAUUACAUUUUCCGAAAAUAUUAAGAACAAUAAAUGGGAGUAACUCAAAAUUAAAAGUUUCUGAAAGUGUUUUAGGAAAAGGGAAUGGUUGUUUACAUAUUUCUCAUAGAGGAGGAUCUGAUGAAGCACCAGAAAAUACACCUAUGGCAUUUGAACAUGCAAUAAAUUAUUGUAAUACAGAUAUGUUGGAAACGGAUGUAUGGUUAACAAAAGAUAAUUUGUUGGUUGUAAUGCAUGAUGAGAGUUUAUUACAUGUUUGUGGUUUAGAUCAAUCAAUAAGCGAAAUUAACUAUGCAGAUCUUCCAAUGACAAAAGAUUCAGAAAGUUUAAUCCCAUCUUCAGAUUUCUUGAAUCAAAAUGAAUGGAGAGGUUAUCCAAAAAAGUUUUCAUCACAAAAAUUAGUAACAUUAGAAGAAUUAUUUCAGAGAUAUCCUGAUAUAUUAAUUUCUGUAGAUGUUAAAAAUCCUAAUAAUAAAAUAGCAGUUUCACAUACUGUUGAGUUGGUUAGAAGAUAUAAAAGAGAGAAUAAGACAAUGUUAAGUUCAUUUUGUAAUGAAAAUGUUAGUUAUUUUAAAGAGUAUAAUAGAAAUAAAAAUUCACCAGAACUAGUAAUAUGUAUUGGUAAAAAAAAAUUAUUAAAGAUUUUUCUUGCAUAUUUUAUGGGAUUCUUACCUUGGAUUAAUAUAGAAGAGCAUGUAUUAUCUUUUCCUAUGAGUUAUACAUUCUUUUCAUCAUAUGGAAGAGUUUUUGCAAAUAAGCUUUCUAAAUAUUUAAAAUUAAGUAAAUACCAUUUAGAAUAUAUUGAGAAUGAAUUGAUACCAAAUAUUUUAGUUUGGUUAUUUAGCAGAAAAUUAUUAAUAAAACAUUUACAAAAAAGAGGUAUAAGAUGUUUUGCUUGGGUGUGUAAUAAUGAAAAAGAAAUGAAUAUAUGUAAAGAAUUAGAAUUAGAUGGAAUAAUGUCAGAUAAGCCAACUUUAUUAAGGGAAUAUUAUAUAAAGAAUAGAAUCAAGCCUUUCAAAUAA